AUGUCCGUAGUCGACUCACUUGGGAAUCGAAGACAUCAGCAUCAGCCUUCACCAAUCAAACUCGUCAAGGAAAGGGUUCUGCGUAUUGAAAACGAACUCGAAAGCUAUUUUCGGCGGUGGAAAUUGACUCGACUUGCCACUUUCUUUUGGUUGAAGGUGACACUCGAAGGAGAUCCUGUUUGCUCUUUCAAUAGUAGCCAUAAGCUGCCAUACGAGAGGCUGGUGUUCGCUUCUCGAACAGAGUAUUCAACUCGUUACUCGGCUAUCUCUGCCGCAGAUGGGAAGGUUCUUGUAAGUGUACCGAUGGCGGUGCCGUCUCGGAAACCGCCGAUACUGCCGAUUCUAAAGCAAUACGGAGUCGUCCCGGAACGGUCAGCCUUGGUGUUCCUUCUACAAGUGUUUGGAGCUCUUCGCACGCUCUCUUCUACCGAAUACGGUGUCAGUAGGUCACGAGGUGCUCCUGUUGCAGUCCAGCCUCUGUUUUACUUCUACAAACGAGGCGACUGA